GGUUUCUGGUAAAGGGAGGCAGAAAGGUAAAUCAUUAACGCUGCUAAUAAAUAAAGCAAUCUGAAGGUUUUUACACUGUGGUCUGUGGUGAAGAACAACAGAGAAGAUGAGGGUUAUUAUACUGGCUUUAUCUGUUUGGUUAUGCCGGGCUGUGAAGGGACAAGAAAACUGUCAGCGUCCGGCUCUUGAGAAAGGCUUUUUCGUUCCACACAAGGAGAUUUACAAACACGGCGUUACUAUUUCGUAUGGCUGUGACUCGGGCCUGAAACCUGCACUGGAAACAUGGUGGGGACGGAUAACAUGCAAUUCUGGCACAUGGUCACACACCCCUCAGUGUAUUGAUAACACUUGGUGUAUUACCCCGCACGUGCCAAACGCCCAGCCUACACAACAGUUGGCAUCAUCCUACCCUCUUCAUGCCACCGUUGCUUUUAGAUGCAACAAAGGCUAUGAGUUUCAGGCAAGAAAAUAUCAAGCAAAGUGUGUAGAUGGAGGUUGGGAGUUGCCAGUGUGCCGAAAAAACCUUUACUCUUGUGAUCCCCCUGCCCGUGUUAACAACGCGAUCAUCACAAAACCUUACCAUGAUGCUUUCGAGCACGGCGACCAGCUUCCUUAUGUUUGUGCAAAAGGAUACAAGCCAUACAGUUACAGUUAUACCACUUGCACGGAUACGAGGUGGUACCCUGAGAUUAAAUGUGAAAGAAUAACGUGUGGUAAACCAGAAGUGCAAAACAGCAAACCUGGCAGAACAUUGAAAGACUCCUAUAACAUUGGAGACAGGGUUCAAUUUCAGUGCCGCACCAGCUAUGAGUUUGUAAACACGGAUUAUGCGGUGUGUGAAGAAACUGGAACCUGGAAUCUGCCAGUGUGUAGACCUCGAAGUGCGGUGGUGUGUAAAGCUCCACGUAUCUCACACGGCAGUCCUGCAGAACGUUUAGCAGAGAGCUACGCUACAAGAACCUCUGUAAGGUUUCAAUGUGACCGCGGCUAUGAGUUUGAACAAAGUGCCUAUGCAGUUUGUACAGAUGGACAAUGGAACCUGCCCGUGUGUAAACGUGCCACGACUGGGGGUUCUGCUGGGGGUUCUGAGAACAGAGAGACAUUUUUACCUGUCCGUGAUUGCGGACCUCAACCCCUUAUUGAAAAUGGAGAUUUCACAGAGUUACCAAGUGGAACGGAAUUACGAUUUCAGUGUAAGGUAUUAUAUAAACGAGCGGGACCUGAAAUAGUAAGAUGUGUUUCUGGAGAGUGGACGGAUCUCCCAGUGUGCAAACCACCGUGUAAAGUGGACAAGAGCCGCAUUCAUUCUAGUUACUCUGAUGAAUAUGUGCCGGAGGGUGAAAAAAAGACUUUUCACUGUCCUUCCUCAUAUUAUUAUACAUAUAGUUUAACUGUCCAGUGCAUUAAUGGACAAGCAACCUAUAAUCAUAGAUGUUAACAAGGCUAAAGCCAGUGAUCUGUAUCGACGGCUCGAUCGGACAAACCGACACCUGCAGAGCUGCUGCUGUUGAUCAGAAAUCUUUCUUCUUACAUGCUUUUUAACCAAAAUAAAAGCAUAUCACUCGUGGA